CCUGCUCGACGACCACCACACACGUCCCUCCUCCCACUUUCUCCGCUCCUCUCCGCCUUGACUGCUACCUCCUCUACCCACCUCACAAACUCUCUCCCUCUCUCUCUAAGGCUACAGGUCCGUAUGCUGCCGCAGAUUCCCCACUUUUGCCGACCAACAUCCGUGAGAGUAUGAGCUUUUCUGAUAUGUAAGGAAAUAAGUAUCAUCUACAGAGUGUGGCACUCUUAGUUCUUGGAUUCUGUAUAUGUUGACAGCUUCCUGAAAUUGGUCUUGUCGGUCCAUAGUUUAUUGCUGGAGUGGAGACUUCUGAGUGUUCAUGUUCUUUCUGCCUCUUGGCCCUUACCAAGCUGGUUUUACAUCUGAUGGGCUGCUCACCUUCUAAGUGUUGUUUUUGUUCACAUUUUAAGGGUUGUUUGCAGUCCCAUGGGUGUCUUGAUCAAACACCCGAAUCCCCAAGAGAGUCAAGGGGAAAGUCAAGUUGGAGAAGGGCAAAGACAGAUGCUAGUGCUUCAGAUGGCUCUUCUGAUGAUCUAGAUGGAGGUGAUGGAUUCAAUCAAAUGAACAUUACAAGGGAAUCAAAUGUUGGUAUUAAUCGUCUCUCAAGGGUCUCUUCACAGUUUCUUCCUCCGGAAGGUUCGCGCAAAGUUCGAGUCCCAUUGGGGAACUAUGACCUGAGAUACUCCUAUUUGUCUCAAAGAGGUUACUACCCAGAGUCAUUGGACAAACCAAACCAAGAUAGCUUUUGCAUACACACUCCAUUUGGAACAAGCCCUGAUGACCACUUCUUUGGUGUAUUUGAUGGUCAUGGGGAAUAUGGAGCUCAGUGCUCGCAGUUUGUACAACGAAGAUUGUGUGAAAACUUGCUCCGGGAUAGCCGGUUUCAUACUGAUGCUGUUCAGGCUCUUCAUUCUGCUUUCUUGGCAACAAAUUCCCAGCUCCAUGCCGACAGCUUGGAUGAUUCCAUGAGUGGUACUACCGCGAUCACUAUACUGGUGAGGGGCAAAACAUUGUACAUUGCAAAUACUGGUGAUUCACGUGCUCUUAUUGCUGAGAAAAGAGGAGAAGAUAUUAUUGCUGUUGACCUGUCCAUAGAUCAAACUCCUUACCGGACCGAUGAGGUUGAAAGGGUCAAGGAGUGUGGUGCCAGGGUUCUGACAUUGGAUCAAAUAGAGGGACUAAAGAAUCCAUAUGUGCAGUGUUGGGGUAACGAGGAAAGUGACGAUGGCGAUCCUCCAAGGUUGUGGGUGGAAAAUGGCAUGUAUCCGGGAACUGCUUUUACUCGUAGUAUUGGAGAUUCUGUUGCUGAAUCAAUUGGUGUUGUCGCAAAUCCUGAAAUUUUUAUCCUGGAGCUCAGUGCCAGCCAUCCAUUCUUUGUUAUUGCUAGUGAUGGAGUUUUCGAGUUUCUUUCUAGCCAAACAGUUGUAGACAUGAUUGCUAAAUACAAGGAUCCUCGUGAUGCAUGUGCUGCUAUUGUUGCUGAGUCCUAUCGUCUCUGGCUACAAUAUGAAACUCGUACAGAUGACAUCACAAUCAUACUUGUACAUAUUAACGGGUUAACUGAUAGUGGUUCCACCCAUACCAUAUUGAAGGUGUCUUUACAACCAUCACAGCAAGUAGUAGAAUUGGUGGGAUCUGAAUCACCAUCGGUCACAAGUUUGAACCCCAAUAACCAGCGUUCCAGGCAUGAUCCAUCACGUGCACGGUUGAGAGUUAUUGAAAGUUCUCUAGAAAAUGGUCAACUAUGGACUCCUCCAUCGCCAUCACAUCGGAAGACAUGGGAAGAGCAAGUAAGGUCUACCCACUUUUUCAUUGUGCAAAAUUUAGUUCAGGACGUAUUAUUAUCUCCUAGUGCUGACAAAUCCUAUAAACAAAAUGAUACGAAGGCACAUAUUGAGAGGAUACUACAUGAUCAUUUCCUCUUCAGAAAGCUCACUGAUUCACAAUGCAAUGUUUUACUUGAUUGCAUGCAACGGGUUGAGGCAACACCCGGGGAUAUAGUGGUGCAGCAGGGUGGUGAAGGUGACUGCUUUUAUGUAGUUGGGAAUGGUGAGUUUGAAGUUCUGGCCAUGCAGGAAGAAGAUGGAAAGGAAGUGACUAAGGUUUUGCAUAGGUAUACUGCUGACAAACUAUCUUCCUUUGGAGAGCUAGCACUGAUGUAUAACAAGCCACUUCAGUCUUCGGUCCGUGCCGUGACUAAUGGAACAUUAUGGGCUCUAAAGCGGGAGGACUUCCGGGGAAUUCUGAUGUCAGAAUUUUCAAACAUACCAUCACUGAAGUUGCUUCGAUCUGUACAACUGUUUACAAGAUUGACAGUGCUUCAGUUAAGUCAACUUGCCGACUCACUUGUUGAGGAAUCAUUUGCAGACGGACAAGUAAUAGUAGACAAGGAUGAUGAUGUCUCUUCUCUAUAUAUUAUUCAAAGAGGCCGUGUGAGACUUACAGUAGCAGUUGAUAGGUUGAAUUCAGAUUCGUGGGAUCUUCUUAGUACUCGUGGAAAGCAGGUCCAACAGAGUCAAGAAAGUGGCAAUUAUGUUGUUGAGAUAGAUGAGGGAGGUCACUUUGGAGAGUGGGCUCUCAUUGGAGAGACCAUCACAUUUACUGCUAGCUCAGUUGGUGAUGUGAUCUGUUCUACUAUAGCAAAAGAGAAAUUUGAUUUAGUUGUCGGGUCUUUGCCUAAACCUUCGCAGGCUGAUUCCAAGCUUAAAGAUUCUCUUAUCCCAAAGGAGAAUCAGCAUAGUGUGGAUGACGAUUUGCCCUUCAGGAGGGUUCAGCUAUCUGAUUUGGAAUGGAAGGAGUGCAUAUAUGCCGCUGAUUGCAGUGAGAUCGGUCUUGUCCAAAUUAGAGGCUCUGAUAAGAUCAAAAGCUUCAAAAGGUUUUACAUUAAGAGGGUAAAUGAUCUCCGUAAGGAAAAGCAGGUGUUUCAGGAGAAAGACAUGAUGAAAAUUUUGAGCAAAUCAGCUUGUGUGCCAGAAGUUUUAUGUACUUGUGCGGAUCAAUCAUACCUUGGAAUACUGCUGAAUUGUUACCUUUGUUGCUCACUGGCUUCAAUACUUAAUGCACCACUAAGUGAGUCAUCCGCACGAUUCUAUGCAGCUUCAGUUGUUGUUGCUCUAGAAGAACUUCAUCGGAGGUCUAUUCUUUACAGAGGUGUUUCAGCAGAUAUUCUUAUGCUCGACCGAUCGGGACAUCUGCAGAUAGUUGACUUCAGGUUUGCGAAGAAGUUGGAAGGUGAAAGGACUUACACAAUAUGUGGCAUCGCUGACUCUCUACCUCCAAAGAUCGUUCUUGGCAGUGGGCAUGGGUUUACUGCUGAUUGGUGGGCGCUUGGAGUAUUGAUUUAUUUCAUGCUACAAUCGGACAUGCCAUUUGGGUCCUGGAGGGAGAGCGAGCUAGAACCUUUCGGUAAGAUUGCGAAAGGUCGCCUAAUUAUACCGUCAGCUUUCAGUGUUGAAGUUGCUGACCUUAUAACCAAGCUACUUGUGGUCGAUGAAAAUACACGCCUUGGAGCCACAGGUGCCGACGCUGUGAAGGAACACCCCUGGUUUGAUGGCAUUGACUGGAAACAAAUAGCAGAUGGCCCUUCAAGAGUACCUCAAGAAAUAUCUAAUCGCAUCAACAUCUAUGUAGAAACUCUUAAGCAGGAUUUAACAGUGCCCCCUUCCAUCCUGAGAAAAGAUCCUGCUGAUCUGACUACUCCAGAGUGGAUCAAAGAUUGGUAAUUUCAGAUGAACGCUGACAGAUUGUUUAUGCUCUUUAAGAAAACUUUUUUGCUUUUUUGCAAGGCAUUUUCAUAUCUUGGAAAACAAGAUAUCCAGAUGAUUAAACCUAGCGAAGUUUUGUCAACAGAUAAAUGGUCAAGCUGCAAUCAUUUCUUUAGUGCCAUCAAAACGAGAAAAUAGUGAUAAAUUGGCUUCUAAGGCACCAACAUUGGAUUGUAAGGUGGCUAAUAAUCCGUGUGAUACAUAUCUAUGGAUAUCCUUACUUUCACUUGUCA